GGCUGGGCCUGGCCCUGCCCGCCCUUUUCCUGACAGACUCCGCCCUCGGCCGUGCGCCGGCGGCGGGCGGUGCUGCGCGGAGGGCUGGGGGCCGCCAUGCGCUUCCGUGCUAAGAUCGUGGAUCUCGCCUGCCUCAACCACUUCAGCCGUGUAAUUAACACAAUCGCCAAGUUAGCCAAGACCUGCACCCUGCGCCUGACUGUCAGCAAGCUGUACUUCAUCCUCUCUGAUAAAGUAGCCAAUGGAGGUGUUGGUAUGUGGUGUGAGCUGAACCAGGGGAAUUUCUUCGAUGAAUUUCAGAUGGAAGGAGUGGCUGCAGAGCACAAUGAGAUCUAUUUAGAGCUGAUGCCUGAGAACCUGUCAAGAGCAUUGAAAACUGCCCACAAUGCUAAGGCAGUGAAGAUGAAGUUGACUAACAAACACUGUCCCUGUCUCAGAGUUGCUGUAGAGCUGCCAUCCUUAUCAAGCAGCAGUAGGAUUGUGACACAUGACAUUCCUGUGGGGGUUAUUCCCAGAAGAUUAUGGAAUGACUUCAGAGAGCCCAGUGUGCCAGACUUUGAUGUCAGUAUUUACCUACCAGUGCUGAAAAUAAUGAAGAGUGUUGUGGAGAGAAUGAGGAAUCUCAGCAAUUACGUUAUGAUUGAAGCAAACUUGAGUGGAGAAAUGAACUUGAAAAUAGAAACUGACUUAGUUUGUGUAACAACACAUUUUAAAGACUUGGGAAAUCCUUCCUGGGCAUUAGAGGAUGGAUGUCAAAGUUCUCAAGACAGAGAUCCAGAAAGCAUGGCUGAGGCUCGCAUAGACAUCAGGAAGCUGCAGCAGCUGCUUGCUGGACAGCAGGUCAACCCCACAAAAGCAUUGUGCAAUAUUGUAAGUAAAAGAAUUGUCCACUUCAUCUUGCUUCAUGAGGAUGUUUCGCUUCAGUAUUUCAUUCCAGCACUUACCUGAAUAGUUUGGAAUCUCGAUCUUCCAAGCUUAUUUUAAGAUGCUGAAGAACCCUGUUUCAUCUCACAGCCCCUGAACCUGGCAUAUGGCAAACCAGGGAUGUCUGCAGAGCAGGCAGUACUGAGGCCUUCGUUACUGUGUUGACAAAAGGGGUUCUCAAUAACCAGAUGGUAUUGGGGUGUAAGUUUCCAGGUUGUAGGUCAGGAGGCAAUGACAUUGCUGGGGAAGAAGCUUAUUUAAGUCUAGAGGACUAGGGCAGAGGUCUUCUGAGGUACAUGGCAAUUACUGUAUUUCUGCAGGUGAGGGACCAAGCAUGGAAGAUCUCAUCUGAGAGGAAUGAAGAAUAGGAAAGCUGCAGCAGAACUGUCUCUGCUUCUCUCUUCUCUCUGCAUUGAUAAAUUGAAAUGAGGAAUGGGCAAAGUUACUCAAUCAGGGCAGCAAGAGAGUUUCUCAUUUUCUUCAUGCCUGGUCAACAUGUCAAAGCCUAAAACCCUCACUCCUGCCUGCCUUGACAGAAGACCAGAUGCCACAUUACAUUUACCUGGUAUGUUUGCCUGCCAUGUCAUGAAGGUUCUUCAAAAUGGAGACAAAAUCAGGACUUGAUAGAUCUUGUAACCCGAUUAAUGUAGCCAAAUAGCUUUUAUAUUUUAACUCCCACCCUGGCAUGAGACGUGCACUCUGGUCCUCUUAAAUAGAUGUCUCGCUUAAUAGACAUUUACAGUGAACUCUCGCCACAAUAAGGCAUUAUUACUGGUGCAACCAGCAGUCCAGAAGUGUAAGCUUCUCCAAGAUGUGUAAUGAACAGAUGAACAUUGCGCUCUGCAGUACUUCUGAGAAGCAGGGAAACAGGCUCAGCCUCAUUACUGAAUAAGGGCACACUCAGAAAUUCUAGGGGAGAAGCAGACUCAGGUUAUUUAGUGGGUAUUAUGGGGGGAGGUAUUCACAGCAACUUCUUUUCCAAACUGAAAAAUUCAGAAUUUCAAACUGGAAAAACAAUAUUCCUGAAAAAGUAAAAAAAGGCUCCUUCUACCUCCAGUGCUUUUCUUUAGUGCUGCUUGUUGGCAAUUUGACAUUUAAGUAUUUUCUCUCAGGCAGAAGCUUUUGGGAGGUAAAUGCCUUCAGCAGUUAAGAUCGCAAGGUGCUUUGUUGCCUUGAGUACCUUAGUAGAGGUUGAACAGACAACUGUGGGGAAAUGUGGGAUCAAAACUGCAAAUGUGCAUGUAUUUCAGGAGCCUCUGCAGCCUGUGAAGGCUGUCCCUGUAACUUCCUGCUGCCUGCCUUUCAUUUUUGCCCAGUAGUUGUGAUCACUGGUUGUUCCAUUUACUCCCCCUUUGAAGCCCAUUUUAAUCUUCAUCACCUCCCAUUAAGUCAGAUCUAUAUCCUUUCCCCUGCCACACUAUAAAAUCACCUGCUUAGAGCAGCAUCUGUGACCCUUCAUGAAUCGAGUAAUAUGAAGUUAAACUACAAUGAUAAAAGGAGUUCAAGUUUUGCUGCAGAAAAGCCAGAAAACAGCUAUCAGUGAGAUUCCUUUGUAGACUUUGUCCACAUUUGCAGCUUUUCCAGGCCCUGUGAGGCUGUUAACAGUUGGCCAGUCAGACCUGCAGUUAAACACAGGCUCUAGAGGCUCAUCAAGUGAUUUUUCAUGCCAGCCCACACUGUGUUCAAGCUAUGCAGAUCUCUUGGAAAGAAUCAGUCUUAAGUAUUUAGAGCAAUGAAAGCUAGAAGGCAUUAAACCUCAAUGUUUAUAAAAUACUAAUAACAUACAAUAAGCAGAAAGUACCUAGAUUCACUAAAGACACAGAAGGGAGACAGGAUUUAGUUCAUGUUCAUGUAGGUCUAGUUCUAUUAAAGCCUAUGGGAAAUGUCCAGAUAUAUCCCAAACCUGAGAAAAUUACCUUUUUUAUAUGGUAUAGUGAUUAAGGAGCUUUAGAAUGGAUGGUAGGACUGAGUCUUUUUCAUGUCUGGCUAACUGCAUUGGAGCGUUUAUACUACAAACAUGAAAUUGAUGAUAAUCUUUUGUUUACUUUUUAAGUAGAUCCUGUUUCUAGAGGGUAAUUCAAUCUAUCUUAAUUCAUUUAUUUUCAUUACAGAAAUGCAUGAUAUGUAUAAAUGCUAAAUGAGCAGUGGAGGUGGAUGGCGGGAGGUUAGUGGGAGCUGGCUGGGAUUUCAUAAACACAGUUACCACAGAGAAGCAGUGAUGUGCAGCCCAAUGGAAAGAGCCAAGACUGAAUCCAAGUUGCUGUAAGUUUAUUCUCCUCUCCUUAAAAUGUACAGUGUUCUGCAGCAGAAUGACCACCUGCUUCAAAAACUGUAUGAUUAUCUCAAUGUGUUGAUUGUUUCCACAUUUUAACAAACCCACUCUGAUGCCAUCAACAAAAAGAUGAUUAAUACUGAAUACUUUAUGGUAGUAAAAUUCAAUUUAUAUAUAAAACCUAAUUGCACACAAAUGUAUUAGAAGCAUGAAGUGAUAAGCAUUCUACACUGUUCCCAUGCGUCCUCUUCAAUGAAAGAAAGAUGAGAUUAGGGUCAUUACUUAUCCCUGAAGAAAUGGGACUGGAUGAUCAAAAGAUUUUAUAGGUGCGCUUCUUUCAUCUCAGGCUUCAGGGUUUUUUUGUUGCAGAAUCAACAGGUAGUGGUUCUUAGUUACACUAAGGUCUUCCCAGGCAGAGACAGCAGUGUGUAAGUGCCUUAAAAUCACAGCACCUUCUCUGUGCAGAAAACAAGCCAAAGGUCUUUGUGUCAUACAUGUCCUCUACUUCCAAGAGAACAAAGGGAUGGAUGGCUCAAAAGUAUCCAAAUGAUAGUAGCUUGUGAGCUGUAUAACUGCAGUAAGUAAUGUUUUUUUCCUUUUUUGCUUAGUCUUUCACACAGCAGUUGCCUACCCACCACUAAGAAAUCAUUUUGGGGCUGAUUUUGGCAUCCUCUCUGUCUUCAUUUGUCUCUUAGACAAAGGCCACAUGUCCUUGGCCAUGGGGAAUCACAACCCGUUAAUAAAAGAGCUCUGCUCUGCCUUUCACUGGGACAGUGGUGUUUUCCUGUCCUCACUGGCUUCUGAUGCUCUGUUUAAGCUGUUGUAUCUCACAUGUUUAAUGAGAACUGACUGUAGCUUCCUGAUCAUGAGGCAGCAUUCAUUCUAAUGGAGUUGGUAGAGGCAGUCAGACAUUUGCUCAAAGGGCAGGUCCCCCAAAAGUCCAGUCUAUCAAGAUUAAAAGUUUAAACCUUGUUUUUAAUAGAAGUUUAUUAUAUAUAUUUUAAGGGAAAACCUCAAUGUUGCCUAUUAGGCUUAAAGUAUUUGUAACAAUUUUGGUUACCAUUCCUACCCAAAGCAAAUGCUCUAUCUGCUACAUGCUGUUGCUGGAGUGGGUCAGGCUCUCUUCAAAGACGUAAAGCCCUAGAAAGGCCAAGAAAGUCAGUUUCUGUUAUUUACAUGAUCUAACUGUUUAGUUCAAGACACUAAGUUUGUAACAGCUGCUGAAGUAUUUCAGGCAAACAGCUAUUUCUACUGUGUUUUAUUAUGUCUGAUGCAUCCCCACAGCCACCCAAGAAUGAUUGCAUUAGCAGGUAGAACAGUAACAGAGAGUUACAAUCUGUGUUUGGAUGCCUAUUACAUCAUUUCUGAACAAUUCCACACGUUUCUUUUAAUGUAAUUUCGGCAGCCUAAACUGGGGGCAAACUCAGAGGGUUGGAUGGCCAUUCUGCAUCUGGUUUCUGUUACUGAGAAGCUGACGGACACCAUUUGCUCAGACUGCAGAGAAAAAGCUUGGGGUGGGUUUUUGGGUUUGGGGUUUUUUUUUGUAUUUAAGACAGACUGCUUUUGCUUGCAGCAUCUCAGGCCUGAAGCAACACAAAGCACAUGUUACUUCCUUCCAGAUGUGUGUGAAUGUUGUUAAAAUUGUUCUGUGUAGCACUUAGUCGUGUACCUUAAAUCCAUUCUUGAGUAACUGUUUCAAUACUGGUAAGCAUUAAGGGGCUGAUACAAAGCCUGCUGUAAUCGGUGUGUGUCUCCCUGACUUUACUGCAUGUAUCAGCUCCUCAGCCCUUGCUGAGAUUUGCUCACAGACACAGAUUCUGUGAAAAUAUUCCUCAUUUGUCUGUUGUUUCACUUGCAACUUCCCAACUGUGUUAAAUUAUUAAUGGGGGCCCUGAGUUAAGGAAGGCCACAGAACUCUUAAAAAACAAAGAAAUAAGGGGAGCAGCUUAUGUUACUUGUCACCAUGAUGAUCUUGAACAGCUGCUUUUUGUCUGAAGUACAAAUGCUGUUGACGAAGGUACCCCAAGACUUUGUUGACACAAAGGGCAAAGCUGUUGCUGCACACCAGCUCUUGCCAGCAGAAUGAGACCUCCAGAUGCCAAUGGUGACUUCAUCUUCCAAAGCUGGGUGUGCACUGGAGUUGGUGUUUGGGGCUGAAGUACACAAAGAGAUUAAAAGAUUAUUGGCUCUUCCCGAAAGGGAUUGUCAACCUAACAACCCCUGAAGACAGAGAACAAACUCUCCAUGCUGGGUAAUAAACUCCACAAAUGCAUGGAUUCUGUUAAAUUUGGGGCCAAAUUCAGAGAAAGCCACAUCCAGUCCAUGGACAUGCGAGAAUACAGAAGUAUUCUAUUAAUACAUUUAUGAAACAGAAAUCCCAUCCCUCUUUCAGCAAACUUUCAGGGUCUGAAAGGGAGUAAGCACCAGGUUUACUUUUGCCAGUUGAUUUAAAAGCUUUUUCCCCCCCCCUUUUAUUAAGGAGUCUUUCAGGAAUACCCAAUUUCUUUUUUAACAGUGUAAUAAUAUCCCCCUUUACAGAUGUAGUAAACAUUAGGACAAGAGAUGAGCUAUAUGAUACCCUCCACACUUUGAGAGACACUGCAAUUGCUAACAGCUUUGCUCUUUGUAUGACAAAGCUUAUUUAGGAGAGAUUCCUUUAAGGUGUAUGCCAGUGCCCAUCUGCACCCAUCUACAGCUGUGGUAUCACUUAAGACCGCAACACUUAACUCCUUUAUACAGCCUGCUCCUUGGUGUUGAUUUAGUCCUUGUGGUAGGAGGUUGACAUUGCUCAUUUUGGAGGCUGAAAUUCUGCUUCCUAGAAAUCAUCAGAGAAGGCAGUCACUGUUUCCUCCUGCAGAACAAGUGAUGGUAGAGGCACACUGUCCCAGCUUUCUUAUAGCUUAACCUCCAUCCAGACUGACUAACUAGUAAAUGGCAUAUGCCUCUUUCCACAGGGACAAUCCACAAGAUGUUUACUACUGUCAGGGAUGGUAAGUUUUGCUGCACUGUAUUCCUGAAGUGAGUAGUAAUAGAUCUGUAUGUCAGAAGCCCUCUUUCAAAACUAUUUACAGGCAAAGAAGAGCUGAGAACUAAAAUUAUGAGGGUACACAGGAGGAAUGCUAUCCAGAGAUGCAGAAAUGUUUUUGUGGCUCUCAGUGUCAGCAAAGGCACAUUAAGAAGAAGUAUCUUAAAUUUCUUUUGGCAGCAUCACGUGUUUUUAUUCUGUCUCAUAAGAAAAAUAGCAACUUGUCUAUACAUGACAGUAGCAAAAAUGCUCCAAGAGGCAGAAGUACUAUUGCAACACACUGUGCCCUGAGGGACACUAUGUCCUGUUGCACAUAAAAAGUGUCAUUUGCUUUGCGGAUAGUCUUCAAACAAGUUUCUGACUUUAAAUACUUGAUUUGACUGUUGUUAGAACAAUGUUGAUAAAGCACAGCACCGUUUCCCAGAUGGAAGCCUCUUUACUAAUUUGGUUUAGUACAGGAAAUUCUGUGCUUCUUAUUAAGAAGAAUAAGAACAAGCUCCUUUAUCACUGACUUAUUUGGAAUAUAAAUCUCCGCUUCCCUAUCCA